AUGGACGGCAAUAAUAACCUAGAGGCAGUGCCUGAGGACGAUCUAGUGGUGAUACCCCGCCCACAAAAUCCCCAAGGACAAAACAACAAGCGGGCGUUCCAAAAAAGACGUCGAAGCAGGGCAUGUGACGCCUGUAGGCUUCGAAAAACGAAGUGUGAUGCUCCCCCAGAAGGAACAUGUUCCUCCUGCGCGUCCGCCUCGUUACUGUGCAAGUUUUCAGAUCCUGAGAGCGAGAAGAAGAAAAUCGGCCCGGCUAGACGCCUUCGAAUGCUAGAAACAACGGUCCAGGAGUUGAAUGAGAAGUUGAAGAUUGCGGAGGCGAAGCUACAAUCUGGAGAACGCAGCAGUACCGACGCUAGCACCCCUGAAAUUCCAUCAUCAUCCUCUGAAAUAGCCGUCACGACAACAAAUCGACGAGCUGACAGUCCUUCUAAUUCUAAUUCCACAGCAACUGGGAAUUCCCCAAGUGAUCGAUCUCCGAGGCUUUCCAUAUCCCAACCUCCCAGAAGGGUUUCCUACGACAUCAGUACUAAUGAAGAUCUUUUUGUUGGCACCACCUCCGGUUUGGGGUUUCUUGCCUCGAUUCAAGAAUAUGUAGAAAGACUAGGCUACGACACGACCUCACUUCUCGACGCUUGGAAGACCGCCGAGGCUAAAACAUUUCCAACAAAUCCGCCGAUCUACAAUGACGACUCACAGAUGCGGGACCUUCGCGCCUUCUUGCCCCCGAAGCCUGUCGGGCAAAAACUACUCAGCAUUUUUCACCAUUCAACUGCGAGGUAUUUGUUCUUCAGCAGUACCAUCAAAAGCCAGAAAUACCCUAAUGUUGCUUGUAGAGUUGCUCCAAUCUUUUAUUGGCCGAUAAUUCUAACUAAAUUCGAACGGGCUUAUGAGGCUCCAAUAUACCCAAAUGAUCAAUCAGCUGUUACCGGGUUCGAUAGACGAGGUUGGCAUUUCUAUGAGUAUGCAAAGAAGUUCCAUGAUUUGAGCCAGCCAAUGUACUCGAUAGCUGAUGUCGAAGUAUUGAUGGUGAUGGGAAUGUAUCUCGACCUCUCUGCUUUGCCCUCACCUGCAUGGAUGACGAUAGGUUCGCUAGCAAGAGUUUGUCAAGACCUUGGCCUUCACAGGAAACCAGCAGAAGGGAAAUUUACCCCUCCAGAAUACGAACACCGCUCCCGCAUGUUUUGGUGUGCUUUCCUCCUAGACAGAAAGCUCGCCUUGCAAUUCGGCAGACCGCCCAUACUAGACGAGGAAGAGAUCGAUAUGGAUGAACCUGGAAUGAAUGAUACAAGCGAUUUGAUCCAUUUGGCAUUUGACGCUGCACCGAGGGGAUCAAAUACAUUCGCUGGAAGUGCUCUUUUCCGACAGAUGAUCACCAAUUCGAGGUACAUCGACCCUAUAUUACGGCUAAACGCCGAACCAGGGAAUGAACAACAGGUGGAGCAUCGAAUCUACGAAAUUGAGCAGAAACUCGAUGCUAUCGAGGCAAGUUUCCCAGAAGGUAUAUUUGAUUGGGAGAAUUCCAAGCCGUUAGAUCCGGUACUUGUAAAACAUGCCGUGUUGGCUAUGGCAACUAGGCUUUCCAUGUAUCGGCACUUCACUGACGCCUCACUGGAUCGUAAACUCAGAACUCGUUGUUUCAUACGGUCCGUUGAAGUUGGAAAGUCUACAGUGCAUCUUCUCAAUCGAAUGAUGAAAUACCCUGACUGGGAACACGGAUUCCGGCUUUACCAGAGCGAGUUAUGCUACCAACACACCUUCAAAGUAUCAAUUAUUAUCCUCCUAGCUUCAACAAUAUUUGCAAAACCGUUUCAAGUGGCCACUAGUGGCGAGCUAGACACUUGCUUGAAGGCUCUUCGGGCCGCCGCACCAUCACGGCCAACAGUUCAACAGAGUCUUCAUAUGUUCGACGAAGUGGCCAAAAUUUUGAAAAAUGAAUAUAGAACUUCAGGCUACGUAAAUCAUAUCGAUGCUUCAUCGUCCACAAUGUCAUUCAACAAUCAUUACAAUCCACCUGCUACUUCCUUUGAUAUUUCCCUCAGCCCUACCAGCAUUACUUCAAGUGCCCCCGGCCCUUCUAUCCCCACCACCAUAUCUACGGACCACAAGUCGCUCUAUAUUGCUCCAAUAGUCCCAUCUAAUGACCUUAGGGUCGAUCCUCCGAUUGUUCCAAAAUUCUGGCCAAGCUAUGAAUCUUAUGGGCGCGCAGGAUUGGGGUUUAGCAACUUAAAGCUCCCUUCGCCGUCAGAACACUCAAACUGGCUAAAUCACAUAGACCCUUCCUAUUGGACAUUGAUGGAGAAUGUCCUGAGCCAUGAAGCGAAUAUCCAUGAACCAAAACGACAAUGA